AUGCUAAAGAAGAAAGUGGUGCAUACUUUUGGUUGUUUUGAUAAAGGCAUUUUGAACAACUGUAUACAUUUCGCAAUAUACCCUAUAAUUUCGGCAGCGCUGAAAAAUCCGAAUGAUCACACAAAGCUAUCACUGCUUUUCGCUAAUAAGGAUGAAUCGGAUAUUCUGUUGAGAGAUGAGUUGGAUCGCUUAGCUGAGAAGCAUUCAGACCGAUUCCAAGUCUGGUAUACAGUUGAUCAGCCAACAUCUAACUGGAAAUACUCACAAGGGUUCGUUAAUGCAAGCAUGAUCGGAGAACAUCUGCCGAAUCCCAGUGACGAUACAGUGAUUUUGAUGUGUGGGCCGCCACCAAUGAUUAAAUUUGCAUGUUCACCAAGCCUUGAUGAGUUACAUUAUCCAAGCAGCAGUCGUUUGAUUUUUUAA